AUGGAUUUCAAACAAUCCGUCACAACACGCCCCAUUGGGUCGGGUGCAAAGCAUCUCGGUCUCAACUUUCCUUGGAGUGAACCGAGCGUGCUGGAAGGGCCUAUGGAAGGAGGCAAGGCCAAUUUUCUAAGUGUGGACGAUCCGGAAUCGGACACAGAUUCUGAAGAUGACAUACUCUCGCCCCCACAAGCAGCUCCUAGAGCCCCUCGGGCCGCAGCGCAAGCGCAGCGCGUGAGUCCUGCAGUUCCAGCACGGCCUGUACCUGCUGCACAGCCCCGCGUCCCGCUCGCGAACGUGCACUCGCGCACAAAGCUCCAUACUGAAGCGCCGGAAAUUACACCUGUACCAGCAAAGCCUGCUGCAAAAGACUCUGUUCGAAUGUCGCCUCCGGUAACGAGCAUGUCACUGGGCCCCGGUCUUUCUCCACCCCUCUCUGGCGCACUCAAAGCGACGCUGGCGCCCAAGGCGAAACUAGUAUCGCAGAACGGUACGACGAACAACGGGAUGGAUAGCGCCAAGUACCACCAGUUUUUUGCAGACCAGGCAUCACCAUUGAGCCGCUACGAAGCCGACAUGAGCUCGGCUGGUCAUGGCAGCAAGUUAGAGACCUCGCCGCCCCUUGUGUCGAAGGAUGCGGUACCGCCAAAGCGUAGCGACAAACCAACCCUGAACCAGCCCAAUCGGGACUAUUCCAAGCCGGGCCAUGGCCAUAGCGCGGCAGAUGCGUACAAUAAACGCAUGAUGACCGAAAAGCAACAAUCAAGUGCGCUUCCCACGUUAGACACAUCCCGAGCUACAGCCGAUGCGGAAUCGGCACGCGAUCCGACGGUGCUGUCUGAUGCACAGAAGGCCGAGCAAAAUGGACUUGGCAUUGGCGGCAUCUUCGGCAAAUCUGGCGACAAAUCCAUCAAGAACACGGCGAGUCGCUUUUUUAAAAAGGUUGGCCGCACUAAGCAGCCUUCAGCACCACCCAUGCCCGUGGAAGGUAUACAAAAUCAGCCGAGCAAAGAAUUUAACCUUGCUCGUACGCGCGAAACAGCUGGAGAUGCAUUACAGAGUUCCAGGCCAAGCUCGCCAAUGCAAUUUUCUGGUUUUCGAGAUCGUCUGCGCAGCACGUACGAUGCCCGUGUCCGUUCUUUUUCGCAAGAGAAGAGCGACCCUUCUAGAGGUCUUAAGCAAGAUCCAAUGCCGGUUUCAGCUGCAUACCAGGCUGUAUACCUCAAUGACGAGGUACUUUCAAGUGCUGGUGGUAUUCAAGAUGAAGACUACAUUGAAGAGGAAGACGAGGACUUUUAUGAAGAAGGCGAGGAGAGGGAGGAAGAAGAGGCUUCUAUGCGUGGACCUCGCUCGGCCCCACCUACUCAAGGACCUACACCCGUGGUGGGUCAACCUUUUGUGCAACAGAACCUCAAUUCAUUUGCUGCGCGCGACGCUGUAAAAACGUCGCCGGAUCCUCUUUCCCAAGCUGGCACUGCACCGACGGAACAAGUACCUGUACAGAACCGACCCUUGCCGCAGUCCAAGCCUGUGCCUAGCCUCUCUCAAGUGGAAGAGCCCAACAUUAAGACGCAGAAAGCGACAUUGGAUGAACCGAGACGAUCAAUGCAAGCGCCGCAGACACCUUUGGAGCAAGCGGAAAACACCAUCGCCAAAGCGAAACCUGCCGCGCACGGCCUUGCUUCUGAAGAUGCAAGGUCGCCACAGGCGCGUCGCGAGCCAAGCGCAUACUAUCCCAACGAUGAGCGCGCAAAUGCAUCACACAAAGCCCCACAAAGUCGCAUAUCGAGCUGGGCAAGCAUGUUUAAAGAACCCAAAGACGGUGCGGCACAGUCCAAAAAUCUUUGGCAAUCGCUAAUGAAAAAAUUGCACAUUGGACAAGCCGAAGCAGCAGCGCCAACAAAGACCGCCGAAACUCUGGGCACGUCGCUAUCGCCGCCCCUUGCACAAGGUGCAGUGAAUGAGAAACCUCCUAAAGUACCAACCGAGAAGCCUGCUUUCUCGAACCAGAAUCGGCAAAGUCGCACGAUUAGCGCGCUCAAAAACCCUCUCCGCAAGCAACCAAAACCGCCGGCGCCCAAGCCCAGGACCAUCAAUUUGUCUGUGCCAGAAGCAAGCCCCGUUACGAACAGCAGCGAUGCAACCCCAGCUACAAACACGAAAGCGUCUGCACCUCCUCAACUCCCUACGCCGGCAGCAUUGCUUGGUAAGGAUAGGCCUGACACUGCCGCUGUGACCCGUCCUGGCGAGGCGAAUACGUUGGACGCGGCGGGAGCUGCCGAUGCAGACGCCAGCUCACAUUUAGGUGGUGCUGCAGUGCCCAUCCUUGGUGCAGCUACUUCGCCGCAAGAAGACUACUAUAACCAAUGGAUUAAAGGUGAAAAUGGCGAGUAUGGCUACGAGUAUGGCUAUGGCGAAAACUAUAAUUAUGGCUAUGAGUAUGGCUAUGGCUAUGAUAAUGCGCAGCAGGGUUACGAUCCGGCUAGUACAGAGGAGAGUAACCUUUUGAACCUAAACUUUAACCAAAACGACUGGUCGCUUAACUUUGACUUUGACAGGCCAAAGCAACGCAGCAUGGGUUACAGCAAUGCCAAUGGCAAGUCGCUUGCACAAACUUUGGGCGAACCGAGUGCAGUAAGGACAGAUCACAACCAACCCGGGGUGCCACAUGAGCUCGAACCGAACAGCAGCACAAAAUUGCCCACCAUGCAAAGCACAUUUAGCCUUGGCGCGGAACUUGUGGAUUUCCUUUAA